CGCUGAUUAGUGCUACAGAAGACUUAAACAACCAAUGACCACAACCUGAAGGCAUACGUUUCGUUUAAUGAGCAAUUUACUAAUGCUAGACGACAUCGUGUUUAUUGGCUUUUAACUGGGAAUUUUUCAGUGUUCCCGACUCAUCUGUGUCCUCGUUGUGACAGCUAUACGUUGACAGCAAUGCAAGUUAAAAUUUGUUGUUUCUUCUAAUUCGAUUUCAAUCCAUUGUUUUUUUAUAUCUAUUUUUUACUCGCAUGCAUCGGACAGUAUGGACUGAGAUGAAACAGACUUAAAUGUUAGAAGAAGAAAAACCCCACAGACCUUUGUAAGAGAUUUGUUAAAUUUCACCCGUUACCGGAUUGCCAUAUUGUACGAUGAUGAACAAGAACGGAAUGGUGUCAAAAAUCCAAACCAGAAUAAGGACUGAUCCUUUCAAGAGCAAUUACGACCUUGUCGGUAAAGAGUUGGGCAGGGGGAAGUUUGCAGUGGUGAAGAAGUGUGUUGAGAGGGCAACAGGAAAGGAACACGCCGCCAAGAUUCUGCGCAAGCGGCGGAAGGGUGAGGACUGCCGCAUGGACAUCAUCAACGAGAUCGCUGUGCUGGAGUCCGCCAGAGCCAACCCCUUUGUGGUUUCCCUGCACGAAGUCUAUGAGACCACCUCUGAGAUCAUCCUGGUCCUGGAGUGUGCUGCCGGAGGGGAAAUCUUUAACCAGUGUGUAGCAGAGAGCGACGAUGCUUUCACUGAGAAGGACGUGAUCCGAUUGGCCAGGCAAAUCCUCACGGGCGUGGCUUGGCUCCACCGCAACAACGUGGUUCACCUGGAUCUGAAGCCCCAGAACAUCCUGCUGACCAGCUCCCGUCCCCUGGGGGACAUUCGCAUUGUCGACUUUGGCCUGUCCAGGUGCAUGGACAACGUGAAGGAGGUUCGAGAGAUCCUGGGCACCCCAGAGUACGUAGCCCCAGAAAUCCUGAACUAUGAGCCACUCAGUACAGCGACAGAUAUGUGGAGCAUUGGGGUUCUUACGUAUGUGAUGCUGACCGGUGAGUCACCAUUCCUGGGUGACAACAAGCAGGAGACCUUCCUCAACAUCUCUCAGGUCAACGUGGACUACUCCCAGGAAAUCUUCCUGGGCGUGUCCUCCCUGGCAGUCGACUUCAUCAAGUCCCUCCUUGUCAAGAACCCCAGACAGAGGGCCACGGCAGAGGACUGUCUAAAGCACCCCUGGCUGAACGGUCACUCCCACCCCCACACUGGCCACACCCACACCAGACUGCUGCCCUCCCUGGAUGACCCUGAGACCAGCCAAUCAGAGUCGUAUCCUGAGCUGGAGAGCCCCGCCCCCUCCCCGGAGCUGGUUAUUGUUGCCUCCUACACACUGUGCCCCGGGCAGGGUGAGAUCAAGGCGGGGAGGGGCGGAGCCUUCACCUACGAGGAGCCCCUGCUCCAGCAGGAGCUCAUCUGCUGAGUCCUGCCCACCACAGACAAUCACGCUGUGAACUGCUGUUAACUUAUUCACAAAGCAAAAUGAAACCCUGAGACACUCCAGCACAGAGCAACACUAAUGUGAGCACUUUUAAACUCAUCUGUGUGUGUGUGCGCGCAUUCAUGUAUGAGUGUGUGUGUGUGUGUGUGUGUGUGCAUGUGCAUGUAUGAGCACGUGUGUGUGUGUCUGUGUUUGUGUGUGCGUAUGCAUGUAUGAGCACGUGUGUGUGUGUGCGUGUGCAUGUAUGAGCACUUGUGUGUGCAUGUAUGAGCACACGUGUGUGUGCGUACGCAUGUAUGAGCACACGUGUGUGUGCGUGUGCAUGUAUGAGCACACGUGUGUGUGUGUGUGUGUGUGUGCGUACGCAUGUAUGAGCACACGUGUGUGUGUGUGUGUGUGUGUGCGUAUGCAUGUAUGAGCACACGUGUGUGUGUGUGUGUGUGUGUGUGCGUGUGCAUGUAUGAGCACACGUGUGUGUGUGUGUGUUGUGUGUGUGCGUGUGCAUGUAUGAGCACACGUGUGUGUGUGUGUGUGUGUGCGUGUGCAUGUAUGAGCACUUCACGUGUGUGUGUGUAUGCAUGCAUGUGUGUGUUUAUGACAUACCCAAGUCCUCUGCCUUGGGGGAGGUCAGGUGUGAGAAUCAGUAUUUCCUGACUCUGUGGAGAAUGGAGAGAGUAGCACUUGUUUGGCCUGGUAUGCCUGCACACUUGGUGGUACAGAGUCCAUUUCCUGUGUUGCUAAACGACUUGAAUGAUGUUGGAAGGUGUGCAUCUCCAAGGGGAGAGCCAGCAUAGAUGAAGCCUGAUAAUGUAUGCAGUGUCCUUGUGUAACGAGGGCUUUUAUUUUGAAGCCAGCUGUUUUUGUUGGAUGAUGAGUGGAUGAUGUCAUUUCCGACCAAUGGAUGCCCUCAUCUGAGGGUUGUGGCACUUCCUGUGCGAAGGGGCAGUGUGGGACAGAAGGGGACAUGGCUGCGGGCAAACGUCCUCAUGAAGGCUGACCCCAUCUCUGUCCCCAAGCUAUCCAGCUCUACCUCAUGAAGGGUGACCCCAUCGCUGUCCCCAAGCUAUCCAGCUCUCCUUCUGACAGCAGCGAGACCAGCGGACAGUGCUGACAGACAGUCAUAGCAGCACUUUGUCAUCAGCCGGUUCUGUAAUGGUGGAAUAUGUCCUUGGCUCAAGCCUUUUGUAAACGUGCUGUCAGGCGUUGGCCGUCUGUAGCCUCCAGUCGGAGACGGAAACAUUAAUCAGGAAAUCGUCCAUUUUCUUCUAUAAUAUUCCACCCUGCCAGGUUUUCUCAUUUUUAAAUAAUUGAAAAUGUGUUCUGUUAAUGUUACACUGUUUUUUUUUUUUUUCAAAACAAUUCAUUUGUAGAUUUGUUUUGGUUUAUUCACCCUUUCUCUCCAUGAGAUUGGAAGUUUUUUCAAACUAAGGUCACAUGGAAUUCUGCAAUGGAACAGGCUGAGAAGUGAAGGGAAUGGUCUUUCUGAAAGUCCUGCCUGAAAUCCCCACGUUUUUGUUCAGUUCACAAUGUUUUGUAAAAAAUAUUUUUCUAUUGUCUUUGUAUUUUAAGAUUAAUAUGGUAUGAAAUAUAUAAAAGUGUAUUUUGUCUCUUUUCUACUUCUGUACUCUGGAUUCCACUCCUGUCUUGUGCUUUUAAAAUGUCAGGCAGGUUUGCACUUGCUAAUUCAGAUGAAUUUUGUAUUAUUGUUGAUAGGCUUGCCAAACCAUAUCAAGGGAAUGAAACGUGCAUUUUUGUAUUAAAGAAUUAUUUUCACCUCA